AUGCGCCAAACUGCCGUGCGACUCUCCAAAACUUAUACGCCGAUGAUCAAAUUCGUCGGAGGAAGACAUCCCCUAUUACAGCAUUCUGGGUCAGCUACUCCACACCCCUGUACGAUGGAUGGCAUUUUGCCUGGCUCGAAAGAAUGUGAACCCGCAGGAGACUUUCACAGCAAAUUGAAACCGUUUGAAGUUGUGCCUUACAAGACCAACAAGUCUGCUCAGAAAGGUGCCGGGGCAAAGACCGGUUCUAACUACACAUUCACGUCCAGGCCUCUCAAAGAAAACGAGGUGGAUUCCAUUUUCGAUUUGCCUACCAGAUUCCAGCUUCGUCCGUUCGCAGAGGCUGAAAUUGAUUCCAUCAACGCCGGCGGCGCUCUAUGA